AAGCCAAUCAUGAACAUCUGUUAAGGAGGAUGAAGAGAGGCCUGAGAAGAAAAGGUUAUAAAAUUCCACUCACCAGUGGUGUGCCUGCCAGGAGAAUGAAGAAGAUGAGCAACAUUUAUGAGUCAGCUGCCAACACGCUGGGAAUUUUUAACAGCCCCUGCCUGACCAAAGUUGAGCUGCGUGUGGCCUGCAAAGGCAUUUCUGACAGAGAUGCUCUUUCCAAACCAGACCCCUGCGUCAUCCUCAAGAUGCAGUCUCACGGGCAGUGGUUCGAGGUUGACAGGACAGAAGUGAUUCGCACCUGCAUAAACCCAGUGUACUCAAAACUGUUCACUGUGGACUUUUACUUUGAAGAAGUACAGCGCCUGCGGUUUGAAGUCCAUGACAUUAGCAGCAACCACAAUGGACUGAAGGAGGCCGACUUCCUAGGUGGCAUGGAGUGUACUCUUGGCCAGAUUGUCUCCCAGAGAAAGCUGUCCAAGUCUUUGCUGAAGCAUGGGAACACAGCAGGGAAAUCCUCCAUCACGGUAAUUGCUGAAGAAUUAUCUGGCAAUGAUGACUACGUAGAACUUGCAUUCAAUGCGCGGAAAUUGGAUGACAAGGAUUUCUUCAGUAAAUCGGACCCAUUUCUGGAAAUUUUUCGCAUGAACGAUGAUGCAACUCAGCAGCUUGUGCACCGAACUGAGGUUGUGAUGAAUAACUUAAGCCCAGCCUGGAAAUCAUUCAAAGUAUCUGUAAAUUCUCUAUGCAGUGGAGAUCCAGAUCGCCGGCUGAAGUGCAUAGUGUGGGACUGGGACUCCAAUGGCAAGCAUGACUUCAUUGGAGAGUUCACCUCGACAUUCAAAGAGAUGAGGGGAGCAAUGGAAGGGAAGCAGAUACAGUGGGAGUGCAUCAACCCCAAGUACAAAGUCAAGAAGAAGAAUUACAAAAACUCAGGCAUUGUGAUCCUGAAUCAGUGCAAGAUCCACAAAAUGCACUCUUUCUUGGACUAUAUCAUGGGUGGCUGUCAAAUCCAGUUUACGGUAGCUAUAGAUUUCACUGCCUCAAAUGGGGACCCCAGAAACAGCUGUUCCUUGCAUUAUAUCCACCCUUACCAACCGAAUGAGUACCUGAAGGCCCUGGUAGCUGUGGGGGAGAUUUGCCAAGACUAUGACAGUGACAAAAUGUUCCCAGCCUUUGGGUUUGGUGCCAGAAUACCCCCAGAGUACACGGUCUCUCAUGACUUUGCAAUCAACUUUAAUGAAGACAACCCAGAGUGUGCAGGGAUUCAAGGAGUUGUGGAAGCCUAUCAGAGCUGUCUUCCUAAGCUCCAGCUCUAUGGCCCUACUAACAUUGCUCCCAUCAUUCAGAAGGUUGCCAAGUCAGCAUCAGAGGAGACCAACACCAAGGAGGCAUCGCAAUACUUCAUCCUGCUAAUCCUGACGGACGGUGUCAUCACAGACAUGGCUGACACUCGGGAGGCCAUCGUCCAUGCCUCCCACCUCCCCAUGUCUGUCAUCAUUGUGGGCGUGGGGAACGCUGACUUCAGUGACAUGCAGAUGCUGGAUGGUGACGACGGGAUUCUGAGGUCGCCCAAGGGAGAGCCUGUCCUUCGAGACAUCGUCCAGUUUGUGCCCUUCAGGAACUUCAAACACGCAUCUCCAGCUGCUCUUGCAAAGAGUGUGUUGGCGGAAGUCCCAAACCAAGUUGUGGACUAUUACAAUGGCAAAGGGAUUAAACCAAAAUGUUCAUCAGAAGUCUAUGAGUCUUCCAGGACACUAGCACCAUGAAUUCCGCACACUUUUACAGAGUUCUGAAAUAUUAUUCCUGCUACUAUUUAAUACUUCUAUACCUGUAUUUAAAAAUUAAUACACAUUUAAAAAUAGCACGUUUUGGUGAUUUUUCACUAUUUUUUUUUUUUGCAUGUGUAGCUCCCAAGGCCUGGAUAUAAUUAAACCCUUGUUGUUGUCAAAGACUUUUUACAAAGAAAUACAAAUAAUGACUUACUCUUUACAGCAUGUCACCUUGAAAUAAAAUGGUAUAUGUAUCCAUUUUUUAUACAGGUUUGUUGAAAUUUUGCUAAAUUUCUUAUUAUCUUUACACUAUAAAGCAUUUUGAAACAUUUAUUGAAUGUUGAUAGCCAAAACAUACUUGGUGUUAUCUGCUACAGGAUGAGAGACUUUUCAAAAUGGCAGAUGCAUGGACUGUAUUUUGCAUGUUUAAAAUAAUAAAAAAGAACCCUCACACUG